AUGGAAGAAACAUGCCGCUGCAGCAAUCGGGAGGACGUGCUGCCUCACUGCCACGCCGCGUUGCUGCGAUUGAUGUCGAGCGUGCCAAAAUGGAAGGCCUUGAGAAGCGCAGUGCGGGAUGUGACGGGCUCUGUGCCUCGAAGGAUGGCAAGCGCAUACGGAUGUAGAAUGCUCGCUGCGGUGCUCGAAGGCUUGGGGUCCCUGCAGGAAUUGGUGGAGUCGGCGCUUGGAUCCGUUGGCCACGGCCUGAACGGCUGCGCUACGCCAACCAUGCGACUCGAUGCUGUCAAGAUGUGGAUGGAAGCUUUCGAUAUGUACUUCAACCUGAGCGCCCAACUGUUGGUACCUUCCACACGCCUUAACUUGGAUACCUGCCAUUAUCAUCCACAGUACCGGCUGUGGCUACGGUUUGUGUUGAUUCCACUUGCCAAACGGGAGCACAUGAAGGCGGGAGGCGACAGAGUACCAGUAUUUCUGUUCAAAUAUGUGCAUUCAGUCCCUUCGUGA